UGUGCGCAUGCGCAGCAGCGGUCUGGAAGUUGCAGCUCAUUCCUCCACAGAGUGACUCUUCUGAGCUGUUUGUGAGCUGUCACCGCGUCCCUUCGCCCUGAGCCUGAAAGUCGAACAGAAUCCUGUCAGAAACAGAACAGGGAAGGCAAAGCCAUGUUCAGAGUCCUUGGUCAUCAUGGUAAAAGGAAGUCCAGCUGCUUCACGGGUCAGCGGCGCUAUGAACACUACAGAGCUGUUAUCGCCAUCCGACGGGAAGACGUCAACCCCUGGGAAAGAAGGGCACCGCUGGCCCCACGCCACGUCAAAGAGCUUACCAACGAUGGCGUCAAAGUCCUGGUUCAGCCGUCCAACCGCAGAGCCAUCCAUGAGAAAUACUACAUGAAGGCAGGUGCUAUUGUUCAGGAGGAUAUCUCAGAGGCUUCACUGAUACUUGGAGUGAAGAGGCUGCCGGAGGAGAAGGUCAUCCCCAGGAAGACGUAUGCUUUUUUUUCUCACACCAUCAAAGCUCAGGAGGCCAACAUGGGGCUCCUCGAAGACCUGCUGAAAAAGGAGGUUCGGCUCAUCGACUACGAGAAGAUGGUCGAUGCCAACGGAUACCGGAUUGUAGCCUUUGGUCAGUGGGCUGGUGUUGCAGGAAUGAUCAAUAGUCUGCAUGGACUGGGGCUUCGCUUCUUGGCUCUUGGCCAUCACACUCCCUUCAUGCACAUCGGCAUGGCUCAUAACUACAGGAACGUCAGCCAGGCCAUCCAGGCCGUGAGGGACUGUGGGUAUGAGAUUUCCAUGGGCCUCAUGCCCAAAUCCAUCGGCCCCGUCACAUUUUGCUUUACAGGAACGGGAAAUGUCUCCAAGGGAGCCCAAGACAUCAUCAACGAGCUUCCUGUUGAGUACGUGGAACCGCUUGAGCUGAAGGACGUCUCUGAAGCAGGAGAUAUGACCAAGGUGUACGCCACCGUCCUGAGCCGACACCACCACCUGGUGAGGAAGAGUGAUGGCAUCUAUGACCCCAUGGAGUACGAAAACCACCCGGAGCUGUACACGUCACACUUCAGGACCAGCGUGGCCCCUUACACAAACUGCCUGAUAAACGGUAUUUACUGGGACCCCCACACACCCCGACUCCUCAGACGACACGAUGCCCAGCGGCUCAUGAGGCCACACAAAACCUGCCAUGCAGCCAACGAGGGAUCGCCUGCGCUGCCUCACAAGCUGCUGGCCAUCUGUGACAUAUCUGCUGACACCGGAGGCUCUAUAGAGUUCAUGAAUGAGUGCACCACCAUCGACAAGCCUUUCUGCAUGUACGACGCUGACCAGCACAUCGAUCACGACAGCGUGGAGGGAAAUGGAAUCCUCAUGUGCUCCAUUGACAACCUUCCUGCUCAGCUCCCCAUCGAAGCCACUGAAUACUUCGGAGACCGACUCUUCCCGUACAUCUGGGAAAUGCUGCCCUCAGAUGCCACACGACCACUGGAAGAAGAGGAAUUUAGCCCGCAAGUCAGAGACGCUGUCAUCACCUCUAACGGAGUUCUGACCCCAAAGUUUGAGUAUAUAGAAAAACUUCGAGAAAGAAGGGAGAAGGCUCAGAUCAUGAAGAAGACGGGCAUGAAGCGAGUCCUGCUGCUGGGCUCAGGAUACGUCUCCGGACCUGUUGUGGAGUAUCUGACCCGUGAUGAGAGGACCCAGGUCACUGUUGCAUCAGUGCUGCUAAAGCAGGCAGAGGAGCUGGCAGCCAAAUAUCCCCACACCAUCCCCGUCACGCUGGAUGCCAGCAGCCACGAGGGACACCUGGACUCUCUGGUCAAAGACCAUGACCUGGUCAUCAGCAUGCUGCCUUAUUCAUUCCACCCACUUAUUGCCAAACACUGCAUCAAAAGGAAGGUAAACAUGGUGACAGCAAGUUACCUGAGUCCUGCCAUGAAGGAGCUGCAGAGCAGUGCUGAGGAAGCAGGCAUCACGAUUGUGAAUGAAAUGGGACUGGACCCGGGCAUUGAUCACAUGCUGGCUAUGGAGUGUAUUGAUCAGGCCAAAGCUGAUGGCUGCACCGUGGAGUCCUACAGCUCGUUCUGUGGUGGGCUUCCAGCCCCCGAUUGUUCAGACAACCCUCUUCGCUACAAAUUCAGCUGGAGUCCUUACGGCGUCCUCCUCAACACCAUCAGUCCUGCCAUCUUCCUCAGAGACAACCAAGUGGUGAGUAUCCCAGCUGGUGGAUCUCUGAUGGACUCCACCACACCGAUGGAUUUCCUCCCAGGGUUCAACCUGGAGGGAUUUCCCAACCGCGACAGCACCAAGUACGCUGAGCCGUACGGCAUUCAGACCGCACACACACUCGUCCGAGGAACACUGCGCUUCAAGGGCUUCUCAGCGGCCAUGAGUGGUUUCGUUAAAAUGGGUCUGAUCAAUACGGAACCCUGUCCCAUCCUGCAGAACACUUCAGCUUCCAUUUCCUGGAAAGAACUCCUCUGUCAACAGAUGAGCUUGUCUUCAUCCAUCUCCAAAGAAGCUUUUGAAGAAGCCGUAUAUGAACGUGUUGGACGGGAUCAGUUCAGGAUGGACACCCUGAGAUGGUUUGAGAUGCUGACUGAUAAACCAGUGCCUCAUGCAGACACCAUUCUGGCUGCUCUGGCAAAGCAUCUGGAAGCCAAACUCUCUUUUGAUAAGGACGAGCGAGAUAUGAUAAUCAUGAGAAACGAUGUUGGGAUUCGACAUCCAGCUGGUGAGCUUGAGACCAAACACAUCAGCCUGGUGGUGUACGGUGACCCCAAAGGAUUCUCCGCCAUGGCCAAAACUGUAGGAUACCCAGCAGCCAUUGCUGCUCGCAUGGUCCUUGAUGGUGAAAUCAGUACCAAGGGUUUGGUGGUUCCCAUGACGAAGGAGAUCUAUGGGCCAGCGCUAGCCCGGCUUAAGAAAGAGGGACUGCACAUUGUAACGAAGAGCACCUUGCAGGAGUAGAGCCUUUACUGAAGAGAUAAGAUGGAGUCAAUAAUGGAUCUAAAACUCAGAUAUUGGGUCAAAUCUAAAAUCCACACACAGCUCACAGCACUUUCACCAACUUUAUUCCAAAUAUUUCAACACACUUUCUGAAGAAAGUCUGGAUUUGAGAUGAAUUUGUUUUGGGUUUUUUAUGAGACUAAAAAGUUUGACAUUUAUAUAAAAGUGAAAGGUGUAAAAGGAAGAACUGAAAUGUUUUAAAACAGAUCAAAUAUGUGGACCUCCACAGAUUUAUUGGGUUAAAAUGAACUUUAUGCUUUGCAGCUGUUUUGAAGUUAGAUUUGGUUACACACCAAAUGUACAAAUACACUAAUUGACAGAACUGAUAACCCAUCAAGUAGUGUUGUCAGAUUAAAACAAAACACUUUCCCAGCAGAGAUGUUCAUGCUACUAAAAUCUGAUUUACCUGCAACACAGCAUCUGUUACAAACUGCCGCCGGGCGUUACCUUGUCAGAUUUGUUGGUUUAUACUUUCAGUCUGAGACUACAGAUGUUUUCAAACUCUGGAAUAUAAUGGACUCCCAACAUAUCUGUUUCCAACUGGAACACUGCUGGCAGAACACCCUGGAGUGUAAACGGUUGCUCUUUCAUCCAUACCUGCAUCACCAGCAUCUCAUCCUGUCAGUCAGUGGAGGAAACUAUAGCUGCUGUUAGCUUACGUAGCGGAACAAUAACGUCAGUGAUGCCACACAUGUUAAUUCUCCCCUACAAGCUGAAUCAGUCCUUAUUGGUAACAACAGUUUGACCUGCUCUUAUGAGAUGAGGCGUACCUGAACGCAUCACCUGGAACAUCAGCUAAGGUUAUUUAUCUCAUGAAUGCCAUGUAAAUAUCAAACCCUGUAAACCCCUUGUGUUUGAUAAAGUCCACGUACUCUGAUUUAAGGUGAGAAGAAAUUACAAUAACUCACGAUAUGCAGAUACAGAAAUCUGAGCUGAGCCGUGGAGAGAUAUAUAUUGUCUGCAAACAGAGCGGUAUUUAUUUUUCUUUAAACGGUUGGAAUAGAGAAAAAAUUAUUGACUUUGACUACAAGUAUAUUUUUUCACAAAUAUAUCUAUAUCCAGUUCCAGUAUGACGUGUUGGGACUUCUUAUGUACAUACAUGCGUGGUCCUGCACAGGGUU